AUGGGAUCCUCUCAAGCAACAAGCUCACAUCUAUCUCUUCCUUAUCAUUGGGACCCUGAGUUUAGCACACGCCGGAAUCUGCGCUACCAGGAUCAGAACAAGCCAUACGUCGUGUGGCAACGCGAUAUCAAUCCAGGGCUCAACACCAUAGCUCUGUUUAUGAACCAUGACGAUUCAGAUCCAUGUCCUUAUCAAGCAAACUCUAAAGUCUUCAACUUUUGCCCAGCGGCGAGAUGCGUCGAGGCGUUCCGGAGUGGUGGCAACGACCUAAAAAAGCCGAUUGCCUUGCUUUCAGACAGCGAGUCGACUCUGAAAUCGAGGCAUUAUAAAAAGGCACUCACAGCUGAGGAGCUAUACGAAGCUUUGAAUAAGCCGUGGAGUGUGCUUGCACUGGCUGCUACUGCAAACAAUCACGAGGCUUACGUGCUAAGAGACUUCAUUUACCACCACUUGGCAUUUUCCGCGAUGAUUCGAGUCGAACUUCCCUCUGAAGGACUUAGUACUUUCGCCUUAUGCUUCCAUCUGCCAUUCUACGCUCUGAGGAAUUGCAAACGCGCAGAUAAACGGAAAUGGCCGGACCAGCAACCCUUAAGACAGGUCGAAGACGUAAGCUUUGUCAAAUCUCCAGCAGGAAACAACCUCAAUUCUGCCCCUAAGCAAGACCAUCUCCACGAAGCACAAAUAUCAUGCGUCGUGACGGGAUGGGACGAGACUGUGUGGGAGGCAUACUUCUUCAUUGAUCUCUACUAUGACGAAGAAACGGCGGAGAAUAUAGAAGACUACGAAGGGCAAAUGAAGCAACUUCCAGAACAGCUUGACGCAGAUCCUCUAAUGAAGGGCACAUUUGUUGGGUCGGCGAGGAGCUGUGUUCGGAAGCCAAGGGAAUAUUUCUUGAAUAUCCUACGAGUUCGAGUCAGGCAAGUCAAGAAGGAAUGGCGCUAUGUCGUGACAAGGAUGGAAGAAGACAUCAAAGUAGGGAAAAGAUUCUAUUCACCAUGUUCCCAGCUGGACGGUCAGGUUCGACCCAUCCGCUUUGACGCCAAGGAUGCGCGAUCGACACGCAAGAAGUUCCUGCAUUGGACCGACAAGGUCAUCGAGCUGCUGAGAAAGCUCAUAGAGAAACUGGACGAGACGGUAGAGGCUAGGGAGAAGUUCAAUGCUGGCAGCAUCGGCUACUUCUACGCACCUGGAGCAUCGACGAAUAUUUCCAAGACUGACCAUAAGACUCUCAUCUGCAUUAAUGAAGAUUUUGCAGAGUUGGCUGGACUACUUCGGAAGCUCGAACUGCUGAAGGACAAGAUUUGCGAGGAUAUCCCUCGAGAUAUUUCGUUGCAGUUUGCUCAUGAGAACAACGAAUCGGCGAUAUUCCAACAGGCCACGGCACGCGAUGUCAAAGUGCUCACAUGGGUAACCUUCCAUUCGAUUCCCUUCGCGCUCGUUGCCGCCCUACUCAGCACAAGAGCUGGGUUCCUACCCCUGCCAGAGAAUCCAUGGUCACUAAUCAUCUCACUGCUAAUAAUGGAGAUCAUUGUAUGGGUAACUUUAAUGCUGUAUCGAUUGGACAUGGAGUGGACGGUGCUGUCGAGUACAGUCGGUUCUUUCAGCUAG